GGGGAGCGGAGCGGCGCGGUAGGGGCGGCGGCGGCGGGGCUGGGGCCAGGUCCAGGUUUUCAGGAUGAAUCUGGAAAAACUCAGCAAACCGGAACUACUGACGCUGUUUAGCAUUCUCGAAGGAGAAUUAGAAGCGAGAGAUCUUGUCAUAGAAGCCUUAAAGGCCCAGCAUAGAGACACCUUCAUUGAAGAGCGCUAUGGAAAGUACAACAUCAGUGAUCCAUUGAUGGCUUUGCAAAGAGAUUUUGAGACCCUGAAAGAGGGGAAUCAUGGUGAAAAGCAACCAGUAUGCUCCAAUCCCUUAUCUAUUUUAAAAGUGGUGAUGAAACAUUGCAAGAACAUGCAGGAAAGAAUGUUAUCCCAACUAGCUGCUGCAGAAAGCAGACACAGAAAGGUGAUCCUGGACCUUGAGGAAGAGAGGCAGCGUCACGCCCAGGACACGGCGGAGGGGGAUGAUGUGACCUACAUGCUGGAAAAGGAGCGGGAGCGGCUCACCCAGCAGUUGGAGUUUGAAAAAUCCCAAGUGAAAAAGUUUGAAAAAGAACAGAAGAAGCUCUCAAGCCAGUUGGAGGAAGAAAGGGCUCGCCACAAGCAACUGUCUUCUGUGCUUGUAGUAGAGUGCAAGAAAGCCACUGCCAAAGCAGCAGAAGAGGGUCAGAAGACAGCAGAAUUGAGCUUGAAAUUGGAAAAAGAGAAGAGUAAGGUGAGUAAACUGGAGGAGGAGCUGGCAUCCAAGAGGAAGCGGGGUUUACAGAUGGAAGCACAAGUAGAAAAGCAGCUCUCCGAGUUUGACAUUGAAAGAGAGCAGCUGAAAGCCAAGCUGAACAGAGAAGAAAACCGUACAAAAGCACUGAAAGAAGAGGUGGAAUGUUUGAAGAAAGCCCUGAAGGAGCUGGAGGCUGCUUGCCAGGAGCAUAGUCCUGCUGAGCCUUUGCAGCCAAGCCCCUCAGUGAUGUCCAGAGGAGUUGCUACUGACAGUCCUGCAGUGAAGUCUGUGUCUUGCCAGACGGAGUGUCCACAAGCAGACCGAGCAAAUCCUGCCAGCACAAGCAAAGCUGUGCAUACCGUGUUUCCCAGCCCUACUACACCUACUAAUUCCUAUGCAAAAUCCAAUGGUCAUUGCAAUACAGACAUGCAAAUGGGUAGUGAGCUGCUGCAAACAAACGCAGCAGAGAGCCAGGCUCAAAAGGAGAAAUCUGCUGGUGCAACACCAGAAAACACAGUUGAAAAUGGAAGUUCUCCUGUAAGAACAGAGUCACCAGUGCAUCUGAUGUCCCAGCUCCCUUCUAGUGGGGUCUCCCUGUCUCCCAGCAGCACAGCUGCCUCCUCUCUAACACCUUCGCCCUGCUCCUCACCAGUUCUGACUAAACGCUUAGUGGGAGCUUCAGCAAGUAGCCCUGGUUAUCAGUCAUCCUACCAGGUGGGGAUCAAUCAACGUUUCCACGCAGCUCGGCACAAAUUUCAGUCUCAAGCUGAACAGGACCAUCAGUCAAGUGGUUUGCAGAGCCCACCGUCAAGGGAUUUGUCUCCUACUCUAGCAGAUAACUCUGCAGCCAAGCAGUUAGCACGCAAUACAGUCACUCAGGUCCUUUCCAGAUUCACCAGCCAGCAGGGAGCAAUUAAACCUGUCUCCCCUAAUAGCUCACCUUUUGGCACAGACUAUCGAAAUCUAGCAAAUGCUGUGAGCCCCAAAAAUGAAUCUGGUCAUUCUCCGAGCCCUGGCAAGGUUUCCAGUCCACUAAGCCCAUUGUCUCCUGGGAUUAAGUCACCAACCAUUCCUAGAGCAGAAAGAGGGAACCCUCCACCCAUUCCUCCAAAGAAACCUGGCCUCGCUCAGUCGCCUGCUGCUCCCGCUCCACUAACCAAAACCUCUUCUCAGGCGUCCUCUCUGGGUGCCCCCAUGGACGUGGCAAGUAGCUGCUCUAACAAUACUGUAGUGUCAAAUGGCAAAGACAUGGAGAUACUCCUGCCAACUAGCAGCUAGUCUCCAGAAAAUGUGAAUGUGACAUUCCAUGGCUUAGCGUCCUAGAGCUAAGGCACUGGUUUUCCACUCCAUGUUAUUUAUUUCCAUAGUAGCAGAAUCUGUCUGUAUAAAGCAUUUAGUAUAUUUUUCUUUUUUAAUAGGUAGGAAAAUAUUUUUGUUUAUGAAGAAACCUUAACUACAGCUAUACAGUAGCCUCAAAAUGUCUCAUGGCAAUGGUCAAAUCAAAUCAAGAACAGGAACCAUAAUCAUGAACUGGGACCUAUCUAUCAAAUUAAAAUGGGACUGAAAUGCUACUUUUAAAUUAUGCAGAAAUAACUUUUGCAGACUUUUUACUCCAGAUGAACAUUUUAUAUAAAGUGCCUGAACUAAGCCUGCAAUAUGAAUGUGAUUCUCUGAAAAGGGUGAGGAGGGGGACCAUCUAGCUGCAGAAAGAAAUUCUUUGAGUCAUGAAUGUUAAAAACACUGUUUUUAUUUCUUUCCGUUUGCUAAAGUAAGCUAGCAAAUGUGCUAUCAAUUCUGUAAAGUGACCACCAGACCACAUGGCAGCCAGCCAUGCUUUGUCCUUCAGAUCUUGCCUCCUAGGUAUUUUAGGAAGCAUGCACAAGUUUAUUGGUGUGAAAUUUAGCAGUAAUCUGGAUUGUCCAGAUUACUCUGUUUUCAAUAUUUGUUGUCCCAGCAGGUUGUUUUGUUUGUUUCCUAUAGCACAUCCUAUAGAGAUGCCUGGAUGCUUUAAAUGGCUAAGCUCUAGUUUCUGGUGUGUCACCUUUUAAUUUUCAAGUUCUUCAAGCAUUCUACUGUUGUGUGUAGAACUUCUGAGAAAGGAUCUUGCUACUACUUGACAAAGAUCUUGCUAUUACUUGAAAAGUAAAAAAAAAAAAAAACACUAGUCCAUAUGAUACAGUUUCCUUUGCAACAGUAAAACAGGAUCUUCUACUAUACACAAAAGCAAUAAUCUUAUUCAUCACUUGCAUCAAUGGUGUCCAGCUGACAUGGAUUUUACACACUAGUUACGGGAUCUGGUUGGCUUUCACUGGCUGCUACAAAUAGAGAACCAAAUCAUUACUGUCAUACGUAAUUGACUACGUAUAUGUGUUUAGGUAGUUUCAGACCUGUACCUAUUAAAUACACAACACGUUAUGAAAAUCUCUGUUCUUGAGCUUCUUCCUAAUAUUAAGAAAACAAGGGAAUUCUUUGAGAUUGGAAAAAAAAAAAAA